GUAUCUCUUUUUGGUAUAAAAUCGAGUUGUUUGAUCAAACAUGCAUGGAAAUAUAAUUUUCGCGUCGUAAUGUGUCCAUGAAACACAAAACCAACUGCGCCGGUGCAUUGUGGGAGUUCAGGCUCGUUGUCACACGUUGAAACCAGCAUGGCACAGAAACCGAAAAGGAAACUAGAGGACCUCAGUCUGGAUGAGUUCUUGCAGUGUGGCUUGGACUCUGAGGAGGAUGAAGUACAGAAAGACGAAACCCCCCAAAAAAAGGGAGCCAAGAAGAAGACAAAGAUGAAAGAGCCCAAUAUGGAUGAAGGUAAUUAUGGUAAAGCUUCCCAGCACAAGCAGCAGCUGUCCAGAUUAAAGAACAAAGAUCCAGAGUUCUACAAGUUCCUGCAAGAUAAUGACCAGCAUCUCCUGAAUUUUGACGACACUGAUAGCUCUGAGGAUGAAGAUGAGGAAAAGUACCACACGUUGCCUUCCAUGCUGGAGGAGGCCAGUGACGAAGAGGAUGAAGGAGAACAAAAAAGUUCAAAGAAAGCCAAGAAAACAAAUGAGACUAUUAAAAUCACAGAAAAAAUGAUCGAAACCUGGAAAGCUUCUCUAAUGAACGAGCUUUCACCUCGUCUCUUUAGAGACAUCACCCAGGCUUUCAAGGCUGCUGUUGCUACAACAAAAGGAGAAGGAGUUGGCCCGUGUCGAUACAAGGUGGCCGACAGUUCAGUGUUUAAUGCCUUAGUCCUCUUCUGCAUCCGAGACAUCCACGGUGCCUUGCAGCGGAUGCUCAGCUUGAAGACUGAGGAAGACCAGACAAAGCUGGUGCUCCCAUCGUCUAGUAAGAAAUGGCAGAAGAAUCAAAUGGACAUUAAGAUGUAUCUCAGCGGCGUAGUUCAGUUGCUAUCCUAUCUAACAGAGGCUACGGUCAUCAGCGCUGUCCUGCGGCACGCCAACCAGCUUAUACUUUAUUACCUUUGUCUCCCUAAACAGUGUCGAUAUCUGGCUAAGCAAUUGUUGAAGCAGUGGAGCACAGGGGAGGAGACAUGUCGGGUUCUUGCUUUCCUGGCCCUCAACAAAAUCUGCAGAAACAAGCAGGAAACGUAUUUUGCCUCUAUUGUAAAGCAAAUGUACAUUUCCUACGUGCAAAACUGCAAGUUCACGUCUCCCAAUGCGCUGCCCAUGAUCAACUUCAUGCAGCGUACUCUAACAGAGAUGUACUCUCUGAACACGCAGGCCACUUACCAGCAGGCCUUCAUCUACAUCCGACAGCUGGCAAUCCAUCUAAGGAAUGCCAUGACCAUGAAGAAAAAGGAUUCAUACCAGUCAGUGUAUAAUUGGCAGUACAUCCACUGUCUGUAUUUGUGGUGUCGGGUCCUCAGCACCUUGCACUCAAGUGACGUCCUGCGGCCUCUGAUCUAUCCACUGUGCCAAGUCAUCAUUGGUACCAUCAAGCUGGUGCCCACAUCAAGGUACUAUCCUCUGAGGAUGCACUGUUGCAGAGCACUCACCUUGCUGUCUAGCAGCACCAACACAUUUGUCCCAGUUCUCCCUUUCCUCUUAGAGAUCUUCCAGCAAGUAGACUUCAACAAGAAGCCAGGACGAAUUAGCAAGAAGCCCAUCAACUUUGCAGUCAUCUUGAAGCUGAACAAAAUCAAUCUCAUUGAGAAAGCGUACAAGGAUGGCUUGAUUGACCAGCUCUAUGACUUGAUGUUGGAAUAUUUUUACACGCAGUCUAAUACUAUCGGCUUCCCAGAGCUCGCCCUGCCUACUGUCCUCCAGCUGAAAGCGUUCCUGAAAGAAUGCAAAGUGGCCAAUUACAGCAAGCCUGUGCGCCAACUUCUUGAGAAGGUGCAGGAAAACAGCAACUUCAUCACGGCGCGGCGACAGAACGCCGCCUUUGGAGUGGGCAAUAAUGACGCUGUGGUGGCUUGGGAGAAAGAUUUGCAGAAUGAGGGGACUCCACUCAGCAAGUACUACUUGCAGUGGAAGAAGCUGAGGGAGAAGGAGAUUCAGUUGGAGAUCUCUGGCAAAGAACGGAUGGAAGACCUGAACUUCCCAGCGAUCAAACGUAAGAAGAUUCAGGAGAAGAAAGCAGAGGACAAGAAAGAGUUUAAGGAUUUGUUUGAGUCAGACUCGGACGAUGAUGGAGAUGACGACACAGGACUCAAAAGAAAAGAUAAAAAGGGUGGCCAAGGUUCAGAUGAUGACGAUGAUGAUGAUGAUGAUGAAGAUGAUGAAGACCUAUCUGACAUGAGUGAUGACGGAGACUCAGAUGACGAUGAUGAUGAGGAGGAGCUAGGAGACGAGAUGGCUUCCAAGGCUCCCCAGCCGCUGUCAUCCUCUGAUCUGAUGAAACUUGCAGAAGGAAACGAGGAUUUGGUGGAGGACUUGGAGCUGUCUGACGAUGACUAAGACUCAUUCAUUUAUUUCUUCACACCUGAAAUGCAAUAUGCACAUUGAGUAUUGACUUGUCAUUCAGUACAAUUUUAGUUCCACAUUCGACUGCCUUUUUAUGAAACAUCAAAGACCAAAAAACAAUCCA